GCAAUUUACUAUACUGUCUGCUACAGCCAUUAACGGCAAUAACCUCACUGUUACACUACAGAGUUAGAAUAACCAGCGGGUUAACGGCGCUAUUUCACGUGUGCUCUAACACGACGGUGCUGGGACCCGUAGGAAACGAGUUGCAAACGAGGGUGCAAGUGACGUCAACUAGCUAACGACUUAGCCUGAUAGCUACCGCUACCUGGUGAAAGUGUGUGUAUGUGUGUGUAUGUGUGUACACGGUGGAGGUGAUUUACUCAUGAUAUAAGUAUUAUAACCCCGUUUACACUGCAUUUUAAUUGAGGCCAGGUUACAGCUUAAUUUUACUAUGCCUAGCAAAAAGAAGAAAUACAACGCUAGAUUCCCUCCGGCGAGGAUAAAGAAAAUUAUGCAGACUGACGAGGAAAUAGGCAAAGUGGCUGCAGCAGUACCUGUUAUUAUUUCACGAGCCCUGGAGCUAUUUUUGGAGUCAUUGCUUACAAAGGCCUGUCAAGUCACCCAGUCGAGAAAUGCAAAGACAAUGACGACGUCACAUCUAAAACAGUGUAUUGAACUGGAACAACAGUUUGAUUUCUUGAAAGACCUGGUGGCUGCAGUGCCGGACAUGCAGGGCGAGGGAGAAGAGAACCACAACGAUGGCGGAGGAGAAAGAGUCUCCCGCAGGGGUCGGAAACCUGGAACUGGACGCAAAAACGGAGGGGUUGGAUCGAAAGGCAAGGACAAAAAGUUAUCUGGCACCGAGUCAGAGCAAGAGGACGACUCCGAGGACAGCGAGACAGAAGGGGACGAGGACAACAGCUCCCGGUCGUGCACAAAUCAACAGACUGCAGCCAGGUUUCACAGCUCGAGCCCACCCCCACAGUUCAUGCACACAGACAACAUGGUUCCCCUGGACUUGGCUUCUGCACAGUCACGCGGUGCCAUGUCCUUCGCUCCCCACCCCUCCAUGAUGAGCGCCGUACCGCCUCCCCCAGCCAUGGCACUGAUCAAAAGCGAGGAGGAUGACGACGACGAAGACUAUGACUCUUAGCUGUCUCUGUACCGCCUCCCCCACCAGUACUCUAUCCCUGAACAGACACACACACGUGAACAUGCUUUGUCAAUGUUGAUUUCAAUUUCUUCAGUUAAUGCGGUGGCCACUCCAAGUAGAAAAGGGAAGGACUGUUCGUUGCAGCUCGCUCACAGAUGAAUCCUCAAGAGCAAAGAGAAGAGAAAAGGCAAGAAACUGCUUUGUAUAGUAUGUGUUUUAAUUUUUUUUUCUUUUUUAAGGGUUUUAUUUUUAUUUUAUUAUAGUAGAAAGUCCUUCAUGGAUGUUUUUUAACCCGUCAGUUCUAUUUUGACUAUAAAAAUAAAUGGCAGUUGUCACUGUCCGCCCCCACCGCCCUUAAGGCAUUUUUCUUUCUUUUCUUAUUUCUCUGACAUAUUCAUGAUGAAGGGAACCCUUUCUCAUUAAAGUUGUCUGAAACAUUGUCAGAUAUUUAAAAAAAAAAAUUGAAGUCGGAUCAUAGCCUAUGUAGGGAGAGAGUAGAAUCGAUAGCAAAGGUGUGUGAAGUCCGUGUGAAGUGAGCAGCACUCUUCUAAGGGAAAAGGUCACAGACAGUGUGACGACUCACUAGGUUGUGAUCAUUAGACUAUGGCAGAUGAAUAUGCCGCGAUGAUGUGAACCACACUUCCUGGCUCUGCCACAGCUUGCCUCUCCGUUCGAUCCUCAAAACUUAAAGGCAAAUAAAGAAGCAAGUGUAUUUUUAUUAUAGGUUUACAAAAUGUAUUUUUUUUUCCUAUUUUUAUGCGUUUUUUAAAAAAAUGUCAAAACGCAGAGUCAUUAUAACAAAUUAAAGAAACCCACACAAGUAGUUUACAAAUUUAAAUUAUUUUGGAUAUCUCUCAGACAUUUACACCACGUUCAUUAUUUUAUACAACCUUCAUCUCUUUUCUGAAUUGCCCCAUCGGAGGUGCUGUAAGUACUCCGACAUUGAAUAUCAACUUUGUUUUUAAAGUUAUGCUUUCCCCCUUCUUGUUUUAUUUCCGACCACUUCCCUACAGUUUCCGAUGUAUUUGUUUUUUUG